UAUCCGUGUCGUCACUGACCCACGUACCGCCGCCAGGUCACAGAGCUGCAUCAUGGAUGUAGCUAAUCAUGGACUGGUGCUGCUGCAACAGUUGAAUAUCCAGAGGGAGUUUGGUUUCCUGUGUGACUGCACCGUUGCAGUUGGGGACAUUCACUUCAAAGCUCAUCGAUCAGUGCUGGCUGCAUUUUCCAAUUACUUCAAAAUGAUUUUUAUUCAUCAGUCAAGCGACUAUAUCAAGGUCCAGCCAGUGGACAUACAGCCAGACAUCUUCAGCUACCUGCUGCACCUGAUGUACACGGGCAAAGGUCCGAAACAGCCCGUGGAUCCAAACCGCCUGGAGGAGGGCAUCCGCUUCCUGCAUGCCUACAACCUGGUCCAUGAGGCGGGCCACGCUGGGCAGGUCUUCGUCCAGCAUCCUGACGUGCUGCCUCUGCAGUCGCCCAACCUGUACGGCAUCCAGAUCUCUGGCUCCCAGAAGCUGACCGUGAGGGACCUCCAGCCUUCCAGCAGUCGGAGUGGCGCGUCGAGCCAGGGCGCAGACCCACUCUGCCAAGUGUCAGUUGGUGUGCCGUCCAACAUCCCCGAGCAUCGGUAUGCCCGCGCCCCGGUGAUCACGGCUAGCAGCCAGGACUCUGCUGGACAGCUAGCGUCGGACGAUCACAGCCAGAACCUGUCGGCGGGUUCCCGGGGCGGACCCUCGGCUGGGCUGCAGGUCCCCGGCCUCAACUUCAAACGGGGCAAACACCACAAACUCUACUCCUGCCACUACUGUGGAGAGCGGUUCAGCGUGCGGAGCAGUCUGCGCGACCACUUGUACUCCCACGCCAGUGGAGCGCUACCCCAUGGGAUCACCUCACAGAGCCGGACCUUCGCUGACCCUCCGGAACCUGGCGAGGAGGCAGAGAAACCCGAGGGGGUCCAGAGUUCGGGGACUGAGCCCCUCCUCACACCACUCGACCAACAGGACAGUACCAGCCUGGAUGAGCAGCCUCCAGUUGCCUUGACGCUGACCAUUGAUGCCAGUGGGGAUACGGUGGAGACCUCCAGCAGCUUCGGCAUUGCCAAGCGAAGGAAGUUUGCCUGCAGCGUCUGUGGCCAUUCUCCUGACGCUGACUGCAUCAGCCCGUCACCAUCGUCAUUGUUUCAGCCAGCAGGAGGGGAGGACUUGCCUUCUGGCAAACACCAGCAGGAGGCGAGCGAGAGCCAGGACGGGCAGGUCGCGGAGCUGGAGGCUGCAUUCCGUGAGGUCUUUGCGCAGUACGACUCAGCACAGGUUCACGCCCACUACAAAUGCCAGCGACUGGCCUGUGAGCGGGUGCAGCCUGACUACAGGAGGGGAGACAAGUUUGUUCACAAGUGGCUGUCGGACAGGGACCUGACCUAUUGCGAGCGGACGGGUAUUUACUGGCUGCUGUAUGAAGAGGGCCAGGGCAUGUACUGUUACCUGUGCCGCAGGCACGACACCCAGAACAAGCAGAACAAGACCAAGGUGUUCAACGGCACGCCUGCCGUCCGCUACAAGAAGUCAGCGCUGCAGGUCCAUGCCGAAUCUCAGCAGCACGCGGCUGCAGUGCACGCAGAGCUGACUGGCCGGAUGUCCGAGAGGGAGAUGGCGGAGAAGGAGAAAGAGGAGGGCGCAGCUCUCCACGCUCUCUUCCUGGCCGCCUACUGGUUAGCCCGCGAGGAGCUGCCCACUGCCAAGCUGCUGUCAGUGCUGAGGCUGUUAGCCGAGGCCGGCCUGAAAGGGGCCACCCACUUCCGCCGACCGGACACCCUGCGCGAGGUGUUUGUCUCGCUGGGGCAGGUGAUCCGUAACCGCCUGGUGGCUCGGGUCAGGCAGGCCGGCUGCUACGGCCUGCUGUGUGACCGAGUGACGGGCUGCCCGGGUGCCGAGGCUGAGGACUCGGCCGCCCUGAUGGCCUUUGUCCAGUACGUCGACCCCAAGAUGGCCGAGGUGUCGACCAGCUUCCUCUUCGUGCAGGCCGCCCGCUUCAGCCCGGAGACUGACCCGUCCGAGGAGCUGGCCGGACUCAUCAGCCGCACCAUGGCCCGGCUCGAGCUGCCCGUCCAGCGUAUGGCCUCACUGGUGACUGACGGCGGCGAGGUCAUGACCUCAGAGCGUGUUGGGGUGGCCGCCAGGCUGCAGGAACUCAACCCGUCCCUCAUCGCCUUCCACUGCCUGUGUCACCGCCUGAUGCUGGCGGGAGCCUCGUCUUGCCCGGACUGUCGCUACCUCCUCAGGGUGGAAUCCUACCUGGAGCAGCUGUGGGAGCUGCUGGAGAAGUGCCCAGUCCUGGCUGAGGCCUACCUCAGUGUCAGGCUGGAGAAGGCCCUGCCCAGCGGGCGCCUGAAGGCGGCCCUGCUGCGUAGGCUGAAGAGGGCGUGCCGGAGGAGGCGGCUCUCCUUGCAGGCCUCAGUGGAAGGGGCUUACAACGACUACGCGGCCUUGCUGCAGGCCCUGAGCCAGCUGGAGCAGGCCGAUGCAACAGCCUGUGGCCUAGUGACCCAGCUGAGGAGCGUGCGCUUUGCUGGGGCCCUCUACAUCCUGCAGGAAGUCUCUCCCAUCCUGGCUGGCCUCAGCAAAGUCUUCCGCAAGGGCACGGUGAAUUACUUCACCCUGGAGCCUUCCAUCAAGUACACCGUCUACAAGCUGAACGAGGCGGCAGGUUCCAGGGAGGCCCUGAGCCGGCUCCAGGCCGACCUCCUGCCUUCUGGGCGACUGGCCUCAGCUGGUCUGCCACCACCCAGCCUAGAGCAAGAGGCUGAGCUGUGCUCCCUGCUUGACGCCUAUGUGACGGCCAUCAAGGCAGACCUGCAGCGCAGGUUCGGAGCGUCCUUGCCGCUGGUCUCCGCUUUCUCAAUCUUCAACCCGCUGCUGGUGCCGUCGCCGGAGUCGGCGGACUUUGCCGAGUACGGUCAGCCCGAGAUGCGGGCACUGGCCGCCCACUUUUACCGGGAAGCGGAGGGUGGAGAGACUAAGCUAACCCGGCUCCUCGGGGAGUGGGCCAAGCUCAAGUUCGACCUGCACACCUGGAAGAACAAUGUGCCGGACUCGGUGCUGACCGAUACCCGGGUGACUGUGACCGAGUGGUGCCUCCGCCGGCUCUUCACCCUCAAGAGUGAGCUGCACCGAUCGUGUGCUGCCCUCCUGCCCCUGGCAGAGGUCUCCCUCUCCAUGCCCAUCACCAACGGCUGGUCCGAGCGCGGCCUAGGGGCACUCCGGAGGAUCACAGCCCGUCUCAGAGGCAGCCGCUUCUUCCUCACCGAGCCCAGCACUCAGCUCCUCAACAGCCUCAUGCACAUCAGUGUCAACGGGCCCGAGUUUGGCACCGCUGACUGCUCUCAGGUUGUCCAGGAGGCGGCACUCCUGUUCCUGCAGCAGAGGCGUCGCCGGUUUGCUGGGGGAGUGGGGUCCUCGGUGCAGGAGAAGCCCCCUCUGCCCUCCGGCAAGUGGGAGGAAGCAGCCGAGUCGUGUUCCUCAGAGACGCCGGACGUGUGCCUCCCGAGUGAGCAGGACCUGGAGCAGCUACAACAGGAGCUGGACGAGGCUGUGAGUGUUCUGCAGCUUCCCCUGGACGGGGACAGUGACUCGGACGACAGCCUCUGCGAUUGAGAGUCUGGAGCCUCGGAACCCCGGGUGUAUAUAAACCUUCAGGGCAGAGGGAGUUCCUGCUGAGGCCUUCCCCAGUCCCUUCCCUGUCUCGGAAUGUGUUCAGCAGCUCACUGUAGUUUGACAAAGAACUUUUCAGACACACCCUACUCCUGGCUGCCAGCAAAGUACCUGAAGUCACUACAGAUCUCAAACAAAAACAGAAAAUGCUGGAGAAACUCAGCAGCUGGCGGCAUCAGUGGACAGAGGGGGAACAGAGUUAACACUUCGGGUCCCACACAACUGAUGUUCAGACUCCUCCUCCUUCAGUUCGAGUGAUACCAGACUCUGAACGUUACCAAAUGAUCUGUGUCACAGGGAGACACUGCCCAGAUCUCACUCGGUGUGGUUGGAUAGACACUCUCUCCUGUUGGCCACACAUCCGUAUCCAGGGAACUUUACUCACGGUGCUCCCUGUAACCUGUACCCAGCUGGCUGCCCGUGGAUAUGGACACCCAGAAGUGAUUGAGGGAUGGAAGGUGUGUGGAGGAGGCGAUGACAGCUGGACAGAGCUUUGAACCAGCACACAGCAGCUCUGAGCCCACACGCACUGUGUUGGUCAAACUGAAAGCUGAAUUCAGCAGUGCUUCUGGGAACUGUAGUAGAAAUAAGACAUUGAAUUCAUCAAUUUGUAACUUUCUUUUAGUAUGUUUUUUUUAAACGGUA